AUGUCCAAAUUCGCCAUCCUAUCCGCUUUUGUUCUGCUCUGCGCUCAGCUCCCCGGCGGACUGGCCAGCCCUGCCAUGGUGAAAAGGCAAGGGCACGAGCAAGGCCCCGUCGACCCGCCGGCGGCCCCCACCAAACCUAUCCAAGCCCGACAGGCAGUCGUCACUUCCGUCGUUGGGGGAGUCACCUCGGUUGUAGGGGGAGUCACUACUGUCGUUGGAGGAGUCACCUCUAUCGUCGGCGGCAUCCUCGCUGACGAACCAGUCGCUACCGCCACCACCGUUCUUGACCGUCGGGAUGGUGUCGCCAUCUCUGUUGGUGGAGAUAUCACUUUCGAUGGACACUUCACUGUUGAUACUGACGCUGCUGCGUCCAAAGCCGUCGAAGCUCAGGUCGCUGCCGUCACCUCUAUCGUUGGGGGAGUCACUUCAGUCGUCGGAGGAGUCACGUCCAUCAUCGGGGGCAUCCUCGCUGAUGAGUCUACCGCCGCGCCAUCUGCCACCGCCAUUGCUUCCAAAGCCGUCGAAGCCCGACAGGCCGUCGUCACUACUGUCAUUAAUGGAAUGACCUCUGUUAUUGGGGUCCUUGGUGAUGAAUCCACUGCCGCACCAGUAGCUACCGCCAGCGCUGUAGUCGAAGCUCGCGAUACCAUUGCCAUCUCUGUCGGUGGAGAUAUCAACUUCGAUGGACACUUCACCGUCGAUACCGAGACUGCUGCGUCCAAAGUCAUUGAUGCCCGAGAGGUUGUCGCCACCACUGUCCCCGUUGUCGACACCACUGUCCCUGUCGGACGUGACCUUGUCGAUGCAUCCGUUUCCGCUGCCGUGCCAGUUGCUACAGCAGAGCUCGAAGCCCGCCAGAACGCCAUUGCGGGACCCUUUGGGGGCGACUUCCCCAUCGAUACCGAGGGUGCUGCGUCCAAAGUCGUUGAAGCCCGACAGGUUGUCGCCACCACUGUCCCCGUCGGACGCGACCUUGUCGAUGCAUCCGUUUCCGCUGCCGUACCAGUCGCUACGGCAGAGCUCGAAGCCCGCCAGGGCGUGGUCAUCUCUGUCGGUGGAGGAGUUGCGGGAGCCAAUUUUGGAGGCCUCUUCACUGUUCAAUCAAGCGCGUUGCCGGCUGCUAAGACUGUUGAAGCUGAUGUCGCUGCUGUCACUUCGGUUGUAGGGGGUGUUACUUCUGUUGUUGGGGGUGUGACUACUGUUAUUGGUGGUGUUACUUCUGUCCUCGGAAGGGCCGUGCCUACGCCCCCAGCUCAGCAUUGA